GAACAUUUUCAUUUGGGUGCAAAUGGCGACUUAUAUAUUAAGAUGAAGUUUGUCACAGUGGAGUUUUCCGUGAGCGUGGUGGAAGGCUUAGGGUAGCCGAGGGUUGAGGUGUAGCCCAGGAGCUUGGGAGGCGUGACGAUGGUGUGUAAGGAUGAGGUGUGGCUGUGGUUCAGGGACAAUGAGCCACACCGCCGCCUGGAGCUGGUGUGUGGCCUCCUCAACAUGUGUCUGCCCAUGGAGCUGAGGUUUAUCAGCACGUGUGUGGAAGACCUCGGAAAAAGGGACUUCCACGACCUCAGGGAAGCUGAAUACAAGGCUAAUAACACGCAGGAAAUAAAGCGACUGUCUAAUUUGUUGGACGAAAGGACGCGCAGCAACCUGAUAGUGUACAUUGCCCUGCUGAGUGGCAGGAACCAUACGUGUUCCACCCUGCUGUACCAGAGCCUGGUGGAGGCCCAGCAGGACCCGCCCCUCACCGAUGUCAACCACAUCAAGGAGAUGUUGCUGGUGUACACCAUGGUCCUGCACCACCCCGCCUUCACCUUCGAGCAGAAGCGAGUCAUUGCCGAGCUGCACGAGAGGGCCACCAGGCUGGAGGCGCAGCUCUCCCAGCACCAGGAGCUCGACGCCCACAUGCUGGAGGCUUUCCCGGGCUGUGCCGCCGCCCCCGAGGGGUGUGACAGUGGCCUAAGUGUUGGCACUGAGCCUGAGGGAGACACCCUGCUGGAGGGCUGCACUCUCCUGCCAACACCCAGCUCACAGCUGCAGUACCACCAGCAUACACAGGGCUUGCAGAAAAGUGUUGGUGGGCUGGGCACUUCUCAGACAUCACCAGAAGGUGCAGGGAGUCAGGACGCUUGCAGCAGUGGCAGUGGUGAGUCCAGUGAGCUGUACAAUGAUGGAGUCACUGUGUCAACUAGAAUUAUCUAUAACUCAAUAUUUGAACAGCAGAGAUUAGUUGCUCUGACUCCAAGCUACCCAUAUAGCCAUGGUAACAUCCACUACUACCAGUACCCACCAGUAGUUGGGAGUGUAGCCGGGUGUACACAAGAUGGGAAAGGCUCCAACAGUGAAGGGUCCAGCAGUGAGGAAGGGCCCCACCAUGGAGUAGUUCAAAAUGGACCUCCCACAUCCAGCUCUCCCCUCAGCUCCCCACAGUCUUCUCCUUAUGUUUCUCCCCUGCAGUCACUCAGUCCUAGUCGUGCAUCCUCGCCCAUGUCCCGCCCAACCACCACCACCACCACCACCACUACAACAACAGCGGCAAGCUUUCCCCCGACCGUGACUGCUUCAACCACAGGACCCACCACCAACCCAGGGCUGGCCACUCACUCAAGCCCCCGAUCAGGUCAUAAGUCCCCUGUUGGCAUUACCCAGGGCAGUAUGACCCACGGAGGCACACAUGUUGGGUUGGGUCACAGAGGAAAGCCGCCUUCAUCCGGCGUUCGGUCCCAGAGACAAUCAGACCGUUCAGCUUCACGGUCCCGGUUACCUACAGGUUCGUCAGGGGACAGUGAAACUGCCCUUGGAACCCUGACUCCACAGAACAGCCCUACCUCCAUGCGUGGGACACCUCACAACCCACCCAACGCCAGCAGCCAUGGGAAGAACGUCUCACGGUGGUCAGGGAGUCAUCCCACCACCACCACCACAUUGCCUACCUCCACCUCACCCAGUUGUGCAGCGCCUGUAGUCUCCAACAACAAAAAUGCCAUAAGACAAAACAGUCAGAGUCCAUGUCCGUCAUCAAAUGCAACCAUGGCUUGCAGGACUUCCUUGGCAGCUAAUUCUCCCGUGAACAAGAUUGCUACUACCAGUAACCUUCCUUGUAGUACUGUUGCUACCACACCCACCAACACAAUUACUACUACCACCACUUCUACCACUAUAACUACUACUACCCUCACUACCACAGUAGCCACUCCUGUUGCUACUGCCACCACUAUUACUACCAGCACCACCAGUACCACCAUCACUACUCUAGCUGCUACUGCCACUGCCACCACCGCCGCCGCCGCCACCACCACCACCGCCAGAAACACAUCACCGCCUGUUGUUGUCUAUGGAGGGAAUCAAGAUAAGAACGCCCACACCAUUAGCACUAACUCAAGUGUCCGACCAGUGUCGUCCAUUGUUGGUUCCAAUUCCAUAAAUUCAUUUGCCCUGGAAAAAUGUCCUGUUAAUAAUAAUAAUUGCUUAAAUCAAGACUACAUAAAGCAUGAGAGAUUAAGCAAGUAUGCUCAUCAGUUAGCAAAUCGCCCUGUUGACAAGCUAAAAAGGAUGAGUGACCGGGAAAUCCUUGAGCUGGGGCUGACCAGGGGUGCUCUUACCAAAUUGCGGCGAGUCUUGGCCACCAUAGAGAGCUCAUCCAACCAUGUUCCCAACGGCUUCACCAACCAUUCUGUCAUUGUGCCUCACCAGUGCACGUCGCAUGGAUCAUUCAGCCCAUCCCACGCCCCAUUAAACAGCCAUCCUGUUGUCUCUAGUACUGCUCAUUCUCUCAAUACUCCACAAACUUGCUCACAGAGUCAACACAGUACAACAAAUCAAGGCAAGCCUGGAGGAACAGUUGUUUCUGAAGCACCUCAAAACCCCUCACAAAAAGCAAAAAAUUCUGUCAGUAACACCUUGGCAUACUGUAAAGAGUCUGCUAGUUGUCAUUUGUCUGGUACUAAUAAUUCAGCCUGUGUAUCUUCAGCUUCAUUGCAAGGUUCCAUAUCCAGUGUAGUGCCAAGUGCUACUACUCUUCCUAACAAUGCUCCAGUCACCACCACUACAUUCACCUCCAUCACCACUCCCUCUACCCUCCCUGUGUCAACUCUUAACACUAUUCCAGCCUCUGUCAACUCCACAACAACUGCUACAAUAACCAACAGCACUGCAAUUACUCCAAACAGUGGUGUAAAUACUUCCUUUGUCUCUACCAAUAUUGCCUCGACAAUGCACAUGACUCAGUGCCAUUCUGUCACUAUUUCCUCCAACCAGAAAGCUCCAUUAGUUUCAUCACAGCCACCACCAAGUGUUUCUUCAGUAAGUGUUGAGUCUACAACACCCACCACCACUGUGACCAAUCAUGCCACACAUCCUCCUCCUGUUUCAGUUGCUUCUCAAACACGUCCCAGUGUCCUUACCCCGCCUGCUUCAGUUUUUCAUUAUAUAGCCUCACACACUACUCCACAUUACAUAACUCCUCCUCCUCCCAUCCCCCUCAAGACUACCCCACCUCCAACUGGUCUCCCGCAGCUUCCAAUAACUUCACAGCCUCCUCCGAACCAACAUAGAACAUCGCCACCUUCGCUCUGUGUCCCUCCACGCACCCCCUCACAGGAACCAUCCACCCCCAGCACCAGCUCUGGCCUUGUCAGUAAUGGAAGCCAGCAGGUCUACUACAACAACAGUGGGCCUGGUGGAAAGAACUUGCCCAGUGUUAGCAGCACCAUGAAUGCUGCAGGUUCGUCCAUGAAUGUAGCAGGCUACACAGCUCCCCCUCCUCACUCCUCAGCAGCAGGAGGAAGCAUGGCAGUGCCAGUGUAUACCUCUGCCGGGAACAUGCCAGUGUACACUUCUUCCAGCGGCAUUGGUGUUCCCCCGCCCAGUACUGGAGGACUGAUGCCCAUGGUGCCCCCUGGCAGCCACUACCCAGCUUACCUGUAUCCAGUCCUGGGAGGUCCAGGGGGCAGCCACUCCUACGUCCCUCCAGGACCGUACGGUGUCCAGCAGCCACACAGGUCGUACUAUUUCUCCCAUGUGCCACAGAUGGGAUCCAUGCCACACCUCAAGGCUGCUCCACCGCACCACGGCGCUCCAGUGUCCUCCGUCAUGGGCAGCAGGGGAGGCAGUAGCAGUAGCAGCAGCAGUAGCAGCAGUAGCAGCAGCACCCGAAUGAACAAGGGAAAUCUAAGAGGACAGAGUCAAAUCAAAGUUUCCUCUCAGUCCUCCGAUUCAUCUCCAUCCUCCUCUCAGUACUCGUCCCCACCUCAGACCCCCAGCCCAGACCACACCAGAGACAACCUUCCAGAUAAAAGAGGCAAAGCUCAUGGUGAUGGAGCAGAGAUGUGUGAGACUGGAGAGCCGUUAGGGUUACUGGGGUCUGGAGCAAGUGAGGGAGGCACACCACCUCCCUUCCACCACCCUCCUCACCCAGUCCUGCUGCCCCCACAAGCCAAUCUCACCCGGCACCGAGGCAUCCCAUACCCCCAGCUUGGCUACCUAGGCUUCCACCACAGUGGGGCAAUGAGAUACCCAGGACCUCCAUUGCCUAACCAGGGACCAGUGAUGCCCCCCAGGAAUCCUCUACCCAUCAACAAUGAUAAAUCAAGUCGAGAAACUACGCCGCCAGCCCCCGGAGCAUUGCCACUGGUGCCGCCUGACCCGCACUGCUGCGUGCGCUCCCCGGAAGGUAUUACAGUCCCCACCUCCUUGGCUGGGAACAACCAUGGGCGUAAUGGUGGCUCUCCCCACACUACUGCUUCCCAUUCAGAUGGUCCCCAGCCCCCGGUGACCCACACGCCCGUCCCUAGUGUGGCCUCGGCUCCCACUGUCCAGGUACCACCUGGUAACUCGUGUACAGGGGCUCCACAUAGCAGUGUACAGUACAAUGCACCAGGUUACCAAAUGGUUCAAGUGUUUCCUCACUUUACAGGAUUCAUGCCAACUCAUAGUUCUCUUGCUAACGGCUUUGUCUCGUCUCCCAUGCCUCCCAGUUUUGCAAUCCCAAAUAUGGGUAGUGGCAUAAAUCCAGAAUUUGUUUACAGUGGUGGCCAGUAUUCUAUUUUGGGGGGUACCACUCAGAGUGGGGGUGGCCCGAGCCCUGCCUGUGGCACACCAGCUGGCAUUGGAGGGCCCGCGCCUGGCCUGGGACUGGCAGCCGGCAUGCCCUACACUCACUACCCCCCCAACCUGCCCCACACCCCCAAUCCGUCCGCUGGUGCCAAGAAAUCAUGUUACAACUGUGGGAAGGUUGGGCAUCACGGUUCUGAGUGUAAAGAGGCAAACAUUGAGGAAAUGUGCAAUUUACCAAAGGCUGCCAGGUCUUGAGUACAAAAAUUAUGUGGUGCAAUAAAGUAUAUAUCCAGCUUGGGCAGCAAUUAGGGACCGGUAGUGACUGGAAGGUGAAUGUGGAGGCUGCUGUUUGUGAGUUAGUAGUCAAUAAUUGUUUACAGAUGUGAAAGUAUUUAUAUUGUGGCCUAUUGUUUGAACUCUGUUGGUAGCUGAAAUUCAAACUCUUGGUAGCUGAAAUUCCAUGACCGAAACUUUCAUGGCGAAGAUUGGUGAAGCAUCAGUUGAUAGUUACGGUGAACAGUGAGCCUUUUACAUCACGCUGUUUUACGGGGAUUUAUUUUUAAUAUUGGAAAUAUUCCUUUUCUCGUUGAUGUUUCUCCCUAGAUGUUUUAAGAAAGUGUUCAGCAUUUCUUAAAAUGACUCGUAACUUGUGAUAAGUUGGAGUAGAACUAUGAGUAUUCAAGAGGCCAAAGACGAUUUUGUGAUAAGGCCAGUGAGUCUUCAGUUUAGCAGAGGCUUAGUAUUUUUCUGGAUGGUGCUAAUGGAAGUCAAAGAGUUGCUACUACCAGAGCCUAAUGGAGAACAGGCAGUGAGAGUGUAAGCAGCUGAAAAUGUCAAUACUAAUUAUGUAAAUGCAUUUGGUCAUGUGAUAUAGAUUACAGUCAUCCUUCAGGGCUUUACAAUGAAUAUAGUUACCAUUAGAUAUAUUUUUCUGCCUUUGUAAAAUGUUUCAGGACAUUGAUAUUCCUUACACCUCCAUCUGUGCAUUCCAGUAUUGAUUACUGUACUAUUUCUUGUUCUGGGCACUUUCCUUACUGUCAUGCAGUGAAUGUUAUCAAAACAAUAAUUUAUCUCUUAGAAGAGUAUAACAGCAAAACUACAACAUGAAUUAUAUACUGCAUCUUAAAGAAAGCUUUGUCUAAAAGUUGCUUGCAGUAGUUUUAAAUUCAAGUGCUGUAACAUUGGGGCUUUUACACACAGAUUAAGGUGUUUUGAUUAGCCAAUCAGAGUCCAAGGUUCACACAGGUGAGCUGUGAUGCACAUGUUACUGUUGCAGCAGGUGCCACCAGCUGUUGUGAGGAUUAAUUAGUCUGCUGCAAUACUUAAAUACUGGAGCACUUGGAGAAAGGGGAUGCACAACUGAGGAUGUCUGCGAUUGCCCCCGCCAUGUCUUCUAUAAAACAGGGUCCAGAUGCUUGAGAGCUCAUAUUACCUGAUGCAAGUGUUGUAUGAGGCCAUAAUAUUUUCUAAGUCACUUAGUACCCAGUCAUAUUUAUAUUUUACUUUGAUAUGGUGCUCCUCUUCUGUUAAGUCAGUGAUGCUAAAGAAUAUUGUUAAGUUUCUGUAGUUUAUUUGAAGAAAGGCUGCUAUAGUGUUCAGUAGAUUCCCUCCCUCUGCCUUACAAUCACUUAGUAUGGUGCCUACUUUAUUUUGCUGAUCAGUUUUCUUUCAUUGUUGUUAUUCUUCAUCUUCAAGUUUAUGACAAAAUUGUGAAUUUGCUUGAAGUUUACAUCCUUUGUAGAAAAUGUGAUAACUGCUUAAUAUAAACUUUUGGCAACUACAUGAAAUUGCAUAAAGAUACAUUGCAGGAGAUAAAUGGUUUAUGGACAUAAGUUGUAUGUAAAAAAGUGCAAAUAAGUCUGUAAUGAUGGCAUAGCGUGCACUAUUCGCCUAGCUCGGGUUUCCUGACGCUAGUUUAGUUUUAUUGAUAUUCAGUGAUAUAGUGAUAGGUACUAGAGUAUGUACUAUCAUCUUCCUUAGUUUAUCUCACAUACUGAAUCGUAACUUGGAAGGGAGCAUAUGUUUGUGCUGUGCCGGGCUAACUGGGGCUCAGCUGUACACUGCAUCGCUAGCAACAAAUAUUCACCUUUCUCUCUUUUACUAUGAAUGCAUCCUUGAAAGUGCAAAUUCACCUUUUAUGUGUGUUUUCAAACCAGCUUUUUUGUGCAUUAUUUGGCCAGAUGCUCAUUUUUUACAGAACAAAAGAAAAAAAAGAUUUUAAUGCCAUUGACUCAAGAAUUGCCUCAGCUUUUGCAAGGUUUAAUUUUAGAUUUAGUUGUGUUAUGUGUGUGUCCAGUGCCUGAUCCGAACUACUGUUGCUGUUAUUCUGUUAAUGUAUUUUUGUUUAAUUUUUUUGCCAUUGUUGCUUCAGUCAUCUAUAUUUCCAUAGUAGGUCAUAAAUUGCUUAGUUUCCAGCGGGUAGUUUUGUUUAGUUAAUUGUUUGAAAUUGAUAUUGUUAAAGUUUUGAA